GAGUGAGAUGUGAGGUGGAAGAGAGAAAGAGGAAAAAAAAAGGGGGGAGCAGUCGGCGUACGAGCGCCUCUUCAAGGGGGAGAGACCCCUGGGUCUGACGUGUGGCGAGGCUGCUGCUAUAAAAUCAUUCACGUCGUCACCGAGCUCAGAUGACUCUCGGCACCAGUGAGCGGGCAAGGCUGUCACCUCUCACGGGACACACACCCCCACAUGUAAAACAGUACGCGCGCGCGCACCCAAGCGCGCGUCAUGCGUCCUGAGAGUAACUCGCCACCUCGGCUGGAGCGCGCCAGGACGCACGCGAUGAGCACCGGUGCCGGUACCGGUAGUGGCUGAGGGACAGCCAGCUUCGCAACCCUGACAUCUUCCCGGGCUGGCUGCAUGCCCUCCCCGCGCCGAGCCGGGAAAGUUGCGCUCAAAGUAUGGAUUACCUUCCGGACAGAGGUAACAAUAGCAACGCCACCUUUGGGUACUCGUCCGGGGUGGAGGUGGUGGCGGACUGGCUGGGCUCCAACAACAACACCACCACCACCGGCGGCGGCUCCGACUCCUUCCCGUACGCGCAACUGGGCUACCAGCUCGUCACCUCGCUGCUGCUGGGCGCGCUCAUCCUGUGUUCCAUAUUCGGCAACGCGUGCGUGGUGGCGGCGAUCGCCCUGGAGAGGUCCCUACAGAACGUGGCCAACUAUUUGAUCGGAUCCCUGGCCGUGACGGACCUCAUGGUGUCGGUGCUGGUGCUGCCUAUGGCGGCCCUGUACCAGGUGUUGAACAAGUGGACGCUGGGCCAGGAGAUCUGUGACUUGUUCAUCUCUCUGGACGUCUUGUGCUGCACGUCGUCCAUCCUGCACCUCUGCGCCAUCGCCCUGGACCGCUACUGGGCCAUCACGGACCCCAUAGACUACGUCAACAAGCGCACCCCGAGGAGAGCCGCGCUCCUCAUCAGCGUCACCUGGCUGGUGGGCUUCUCCAUUUCCAUCCCGCCCAUGUUGGGCUGGAGGAGCGCCGAGGACCGAGCAGACCCGGACGCCUGCAUCAUCAGCCAGGACCCGGGCUACACCAUUUACUCCACCUUCGGGGCGUUCUACAUCCCCCUCAUCCUCAUGCUGGUCCUGUACGGGCGCAUCUUCAAGGCCGCUCGCUUCCGGAUCCGAAAGACGGUGAAGAAGACCGAAAAGGUCAAAAGUGAGCGCUGCUUGACUUUGUCCCCCGCGGUGCUCCACAAAAAAAGCAACGGGGAGGCGGGCGGCGGGAGGCCGUGCUUCAACGGCGCCGUACAGUUCGGCGACGAGGCCGAGUCCCUGGAGGUGAUGGAGGUGAGCGGCUCCAAAAGCCACCUGGCCCUGCCCAACACCCCGCAGUCGUCAUCGCACGAAAACCUCAGCGAGCGGAACUGCGGCGCCAAACGCAAAUUGGCGCUGGCCCGAGAGCGCAAGACGGUGAAGACGCUGGGCAUCAUCAUGGGCACGUUCAUCUUUUGCUGGCUGCCCUUCUUCAUCGUGGCCCUGGUGCUUCCCUUCUGCGCCGAGAGCUGCUACAUGCCCGAGUGGCUGGGUGCCGUCAUCAACUGGCUGGGCUACUCCAACUCCCUGCUCAACCCCAUCAUCUACGCCUACUUCAACAAGGACUUCCAAAGUGCUUUCAAGAAGAUAGUCAAGUGCAAAUUCCACAGGCCGUAAACCGCGCCACUCCAUUAGGUACACCUACUGCACCGUCCGCCGGCGUCCAAAUGCAAGAGCUGCAUCGGAAUCACUUUCGUUUUUUUGGUCUGAACCAUGUCUAUUACUGUGGUUGUAGUUUGCAGUGCAUCACACUGUGUGCGUAAAACAAACAAACAAAACACCAGCUAGCUGCUUAGCUUCUUCCAUUAGCAUCAAAGCUGACACAAAACUGUAAAAGUCUUUUUUUUCACCCUGCAGAUGUAAUGUUGAACUAGAGUACAAAAAGGACUGACACUGUCAGGUUUUAUUUCUUGACUUUAUUUAAUAAUUACCAUGAGUUCUUUACUGAUCUUUAACUAUUUAUGUAAUGUGGUGAUCAUAUUAGUUUUAUAUUGUUUGUAUAUAAUUCUGUCAGAGAUGUGUUCAUUCCAGCAACUACUUUCGAUUUUUUUUUUUUUUUUUUUAAUGGUUGCAUUUUUUAUUUAGG